AUGUCGGAAGAAGACAAGAAUUCCACUCCCAGCAAGCCCUUGGCUGCGCUUAACUCCCCUACCAGCCUCAGAGCCGAGUCGCCCACUACCGCCCGCCCGCUCGAUUUUGACGAUGAACCCCAAGAGAGCGGAGUCACCACUUCCUCUCCUGCCGCUGCGCAGCCAGCUCCCGCCGAGGAAGCCCCGCCAAAGCCGCCCCGGCCCCUGAGCCCGAGAGAACAGUCGGAGAUCACACUGAAGGAGGCUUUCCCGAGCGUUGAGCCUUCAGUCGUCAAGGCAAUUCUGGUAGCGAGCAAUUGGAAUGUCGAGCGAGCAUUCAAUGCGCUGCUAGGCAUGACCGACCCCAAGGCCCAAGAGGAAAUGGCACCCCCACCAAAGCCGCCACGUCCGUCCCAGCAGGCUACCUCUACUACGCAGAGACAGUUGGAUGCCGAUGAAAUAGGAAGUGAAGAGUCGGAUGACCGGGAAUAUAACUUUUUCGAUGAUGAUCUACCCGUGAUCCGCGAGAAUAUCCGCAAGGGCUUCUUGGACACACAGUCAAAGGUUAAUUCUUGGGUAACAAACCUGAAGAAGAGGAUCGAUGGAGAGGAAGUGGACCAACAAUCUGGGCCCAGCCAAGGGGAGAGUGCUGCCUAUAGUCGUCCCCGGCGUAGCGGCGAUAUGGGCCGUCGCAGUGGUGACCGUGAGCGUUAUGACGCAGAUCCCCAGGUUCUCGGAGAUGAUUUCUCUGCUCUUGAGCUGAGAGACGGCGAAGCUCCUCCGCGCCAGCCUCCCCGUCCUCGCUCCAACAUCAAGAGCUCCUCUCCUUCGCCAGACCGACGCAAGGUGUCCUUCCAGGAUGGACCUCCCACUGAGAUUGAUACCCUUUAUAAUGCUCCCUCAUCCGCCAAGCGCAACAGCUCAACGGGCAACAAGCCUAGCAAAUGGCAGCCCUUGUCCACCGUCGAGCCUUCCCCCGUUGCAGAGAACGACCCAUUCAGUCUUGGUGACAGCGAUGACGAGAAGGAUAUUAAGACCAAGGAGCAACCCACUCUCUCAGAAAGUGACCAAAUCAAGAAGGCCACGGCCGAGGCCAUGUCCGAUGAAGUGGGUUCCUCCAAGGAUAAGGAUACGAAGGACGCCAGCAAGCCCGAUGAGACGAAAUAA